AUGGAUAAUUACGAUGAAUCUAGAGUGUUUUUUAGAGAAAUGUGUAAAAAUAAUGGAGUCGAUUUUCCAUAUCGCAGGGGAGUAAUAAUGUCGGAGCUCCAUACUCCUUGUUGCCCAGUGGUUUGCAAAUUAAUUUUACCAGACCCUUUGACUAUUGAUUAUAUUUCUAAAAUACAACAGAAGCCGUUUUUGUGUAUACAAUUUUGUUCAGUUUUACCCUGUUUGCCAAUUCUCGAGGAAUUUGAACAUAGAUCUAAAAAUGAGACAUUAUCAAGGCAUUUUGUAGAUUAUGAAGGCGCAAUAACUCUUUUAACUUUCGACGAAUUGUUUAAUAAAUAUUCAAAGAUUGAAGAUAAUCAUUUUGUCUUCCACAUGGACAGCAACAAAUAUCUUCUGAAUGAACACACAUCCAAGAAAAUCAUUGAUUUAAUUAACCCUUCUAUGGCAUUCAUUCCCACGUUAUCCUUGAAGCAUUCGGAAAGGAAGAAAUGGAGCACAAGAAAGAGGACGAGGUUCAAUGAUUUAUACCAAUCUUAUUACGAAACAUUAUUAAAGUGUUCAAACAAAACCAAACUUGUAAAACCUAUUCAUCCUUGCAUUGAACACAAGGAUAUGGGUGAUUUUGAGGCGAUUGAAUUCCCAGGGUUUGGGUUCGGAGAAUCUCUAAACGAAAGAUAUGAAUUAAUAAAAGAAAUGGGAGCGAAUUUGAUCGGAAAAGAGCUAAGAAUAAUUCAACUCAAAACAGGAACACCUUUGGAGAUUCUUCACGCUGUUUUACUGGGAUUUGAUGUGGUUAUUUCACCUUAUCCUGAGAUUCUAUCACUACAAGGAUGUGCUCUAUCAUUUGAAUUACCGAGUGAAAUUGAGGAUAAUUGUGAGCCAGAAUACGUAUUAAAUUUAUUGAACGAAAAAUGUAAAUUUAUAGAUGGAGUUUACAAGGACCAAAUUAAUGAUAUAGUUGAUUUAAAAAAUAGUGUGUAUAUCAGUGAUGUUGAAACUCCUAUGGACGAAAAAUCAAUAAUGAAGGAAUCAAGAGCAUAUGUAAACCAUCUUCUAAAUUGUAAGGAAAUGGACGGGAACAUAAUAUUAUCGGCUCAUAACUUAUACAUGUACGAAAUGCUGUUUCAAAGGAUCAGGGAUUCCAUUGAAAAUAACACACUGGUGAGUUUCGUUCAUAAUUUUGUAAAGUGUAACCUUAAAGAGGAUUAA